AGCUUUGUGGCCCUCGUCAGUGCCUCGGACCGUGACUCUGGCGCCAACGGGCAGGUGCGCUGCAGCCUCCGUGGCCAUGACCACUUUGCCCUGCAGCGUGCCUAUGAGGACAGCUACAUGAUUGUCACCACGGCAGCACUGGACCGAGAGCGCAUCCCCGAGUACAACCUCACCGUGGUGGCCGAGGACCUGGGCUCGCCGCCAUUCAAGACCGUCCGCCAGUACACAGUGCGGGAGAGCGACGAGAAUGACAAUGCGCCACUCUUCGCCAAGCCCCUUUACGAGGUGGCCGUGCCAGAGAACAACCCCCCGGGUGCCUACAUCACCACUGUGGUGGCCCGUGACCCUGAUCUUGGCCAUAAUGGUAAGGUCACCUACCGGCUCCUAGAGACACAGGUCAUGGGGGCCCCCAUCUCAACCUACGUCUCAGUGGACCCUGCCACUGGGGCCAUCUAUGCUCUCAGGACGUUCAACUAUGAGAUCCUCAAGCAGCUGGACCUGAGGAUCCAGGCCACUUCUGAUGGAGGGUCUCCACAGCUCUCCAGCAGCACCCUUGUCAAAGUGAGGAUGGUAGACCAGAAUGACAACCCUCCUGUCAUCGUUCACCCAGUGCUCACCAAUGGGACAGUGGAAAUUGGUGUGUCCAGCAAGACUUCCCGUGACUCCCUGGUGGCCCAGAUCAAAGCUCGAGAUGCAGAUGACGGGGCCAAUGCUGAGCUCACCUUUGCCUUCCUGGAAGAGCCCCAGCAGGACCUUUUCACCAUCAACCCAAGUACUGGGGACAUUGUACUGAGGGGCGACCUCUCUGAAGAUCUGGGACAGCUGUUCAAGGUCAUUCUCACUGUGACAGACAACGGCAGACCCCCUCUGGCCACAACUGCCACAGUCAACUUCCUGGUGACCGCCACAGCUCCCUCCAGUAUCCAGGAGAUAGCCAAGCCCAGCUCCUGGGAAGGAAAGGCUUUGCAGUGGGACAUCCCUCUGAUCGUGAUCAUUGUCCUGGCAGGCAGCUGCACCCUCCUCCUCGUGGCUAUAAUCACCAUCGCCACCACCUGCAACAGGCGCAAGAAGGGCAACGAGAUCAAAACCAGCGCUUCCUUGAAGGACCAGAUAGACAUCUCCCAUCUGGAGAAGGGGCGGCAGGAGGAGGGCAGCCAGCGGGGAAAUGUGUUUGAGAUACGAACCUUUCCCAGCAAAACCUCCUUCACCAGCCCCGACCCUUCUGCUGCCGAAGAGAUCUCCACCGCUGAGAGCGGCAGCGACAGCGCUUGCCUCUACGAGGGUCAGAAGAGGCUGAGAGGACCAAGUGGGGAGCAGGGUUUCACUGCCGCUCCAAGCUUUGGCAAGGAGCCCGCUCCCCCCGUGGCCAUUUGGAAGGGACACUCGUUCAACACCAUCUCUGGCCGAGAGGCAGAGAAGUUCAGCGGCAAAGACAGCGGCAAAGGCGACAGUGAUUUUAACGACAGCGACUCGGAUAUCAGCGGGGAUGCCCUGAAAAAAGAUCUCAUCACGCACAUGCAGAACGGUCUGUGGGCAUGUACAGCUGAGUGCAAGAUCCUGGGCCACUCGGACCGCUGCUGGAGCCCCUCCUGUGGCCGAGCCAACCCGCAUCCCCCUCCCCAUCCUUCGGCACCCCUCUCCACCUUCUGCAAGAGCACGUCCUUGCCCAGGGAUCCACUUCGCAGGGACAACUUUUACCAAGCCCAGCUGCCCAAAACAGUUGGGCUUCAGAGUGUCUAUGAGAAAGUGCUGCACAGGGACUUUGACCGGACGAUCACACUCCUCUCCCCGCCGCGUCCCGCACGGCUCCCCGACCUUCAGGAGAUUGGGGUGCCCCUCUACCCAGCCCCCUCGACUAGAUAUCUGGGCCCCCAGACUGACACGACCGAGAAAGCGUAGCCCAAGAUGCUCCCUGCCCCAGUUACACACGUCCCUGCGCGCACACGACUAGGUCACUCCCGAGAGCCUUUAAGUUAUUGAUCAGAUCCGGUGUCGUAUGUGUAAAUAUGCAAGAUGUGCCUUAAAAAUGAAGUUGUUGGGAAAGUUUUCCAAUCAGGUCAGUACUGUUUGAUAUUUGCAAACAACAAAAAAAAAUUGUUUGUAGUUAAUGUAAUUUUUAUGAAAUGUGCAGUAUUUAAAUUCUUUUUUCAUGUUUUCUACAUGGUUUUUGGUUGUUUUUUUUUUGCUUUUGUUUCACUCAUGGCCUGCCAUUUUUUGUAGUGUUUUUAACCUGUACAUUGUGUAAUGUAAUGUUUGUACAUAAUGAAAAUUGGUUAUAUUUUUAUAUAAUAAAAUCUCAAAAAAUGGGAAUUCUUGCCAAAGGAACUGUCUUAAAGACACAAUAAUAAUAAUAAUUAAUAAUUAUAUCCCGAAUAUGUAGAACUUUGUAAAGGAAAUUCCUCUUUCAUGGUGUAAUAAUAACCCAAGCAACCCAGUGUACUGAGAAGUUUGCCUUGCCAAAUGUGACUUGUAUUUCUUGAGUCGGUGGUCAACUUAAAUGUUAUUUAAUUGCCUUUGGUUCCUGUAAUCUGUGUCACUGAUAAACACUAAUAAAAGUUUUGUGAUGUGUCAGAG